UGGGUGACUGCCGGGAAGUGUGGCUGGCUUGUGGGAACAGAGCGUUCUUUGUGUUUCUCAUUCUCUCAGGACAAGCUCCUGGACCCCAGCACCAUUACCAACAUGUUCCAGCUCUCUGGAUCCAUCGGCUGUGCCAUGACCGGGAUGACAGCUGACUGCCGCUCCCAGGUGCACAGGGCUCGCUGCGAGGCCGCCGAGUGGAAGUACAAAUUCGGCUACGAGAUCCCGGCUGAGAUGCUGUGCAAGCGCAUGGCUGACCUGUCACAGGUGUACACCCAGAACGCAGAGAUGAGACCGCUGGGCUGCUGUGAGUCUGAGAAUACAAUACUUUCUGUUCAAAGUGUGAUCGGCGCGACGGCUCGGCUUACUACUACUGGGCAGGGCUACAAGGCGACAAGCGCGGGGGUCAAACAGACCGAAGCAAACAGCUUCCUGGAGAAGAAGAUCCGUAAGAAACCAGACCUGACCUUCCACAAGACUGUCGAGCUGGCAGUCACCUGUCUCUCCUCAGUUCUCUCUCUUGACUUCAAACCCAGUGAGAUCGAAGUGGGUGUGGUCACCACAGACAAACCCAAGUUCACAUUGCUGAGUGAGGAAGAGAUUGAGGCUCAUCUGGUGGCUAUAGCAGAACGUGAUUAGACACACACUGUCCGAGGUCUCACAC